AUGGAUAUGGACGGUGCCAGUUCUGUGGUGCUGCAGGCCUUAACCCAAGCCACCAGUCAGGACACGGCUCUGCUGAAGCCUGCGGAGGAGCAGCUCCGACAGUGGGAGACUCAGCCAGGCUUCUACUCUGUCCUUCUGAAUAUCUUCAAUAACCACAUGCUGGAUGUGAACGUCAGGUGGUUGGCUGUGCUGUACUUCAAAAAUGGCAUUGACAGAUACUGGAGGAGAGUAGCGCCUCAUGCCUUAUCAGAAGAGGAGAAGACAUCAUUGCGUGCUGGUCUCAUCACAAACUUCAAUGAGCCUGUCAAUCAGAUAGCGACCCAGAUUGCAGUGCUGAUAGCCAAGGUGGCCCGUCUGGACUGCCCCAGGCAGUGGCCAGAGCUCAUCCCCAUUCUACUGGAGUCUGUGAAGGGUCAGGAUGGCCUGCAGCAGCACAGAGCACUGCUAACCUUCUAUCAUGUCACCAAAACCCUCGCGUCCAAACGUCUGGCGCAGGACCGACGGCUUUUCCAGGAUCUGGCGUCGGGCAUCUACAGCUUCGCGUGCUCCCUGUGGAGCCACCACACCGACUGCUUCCUCCAGCAGAUCUAUGCCAGAGAUGAGGCUGCAGCGCUCAGCUCACUGGAGAGGACGCUGCUCUCUCUUAAAGUGCUUCGCAAGUUGACAGUCUUUGGAUUUCAAGAGCCACAACAGAAUAUGGAAGUGAUGGGUUUCCUGAAUGCAGUGUUUGAGAGGCUAAAACAGUUCUUGGAAUGCUGUCGGCAAGUCGGUCCAGACAGCACAUGCAGAGAAAAGCUGGAGAAGACGAUCAUACUAUACACUAAAGUUUUGUUAGAUUUCCUGGAGUACCAUCCAUGUGCAUUCAUACCUCUAAUCCAGCGUUCCCUGGAGUUUGCAGUCAGCUAUCUGUUCACAGCUGCAGGGGAGGGAGUGACCUUUGAGCGCUUCAUUGUUCAAUGCAUGAACCUCAUCAAGAUGAUUGUAAAGAACGAUGCCUACAAACCUUCCAAGAACAUUGAAGACAGUAAACCAGAGAAUCUGGAGGCUCACAAGAUCAAGACAGCAUUCUUCACACACCCCACGCUGACAGAGAUUGGACGCCGGCUCGUCUCACACUACUUCCUUCUCACAGAGGAAGAGCUGGCAAUGUGGGAAGAGGACCCUGAGAGCUUUGCUGUUGAAGAAACAGGUGGUGACUCUUGGAAAUACAGUCUACGGCCUUGCACAGAAGUAUUGUUCCUGGAUAUCUUCCACAACUACAACCAGACACUUAUACCGGUGCUGCUGGAUAUGGUGCAGAAUCUCCAGGGUCCAACCAAUGUGGAAGACUCUGUUCAGCUGCUAAUGAAGGAUGCAGUAUACAAUGCAGUGGGGCUGGCAGCUUAUGAGCUGUUUGACAAUGUGGACUUUGACCAGUGGUUCAAGAAUCAGCUUCUUGGAGAGCUACAAGUCAGCCAUCACAGAUACAAGCUGAUUCGCCGACGAGUCAUCUGGCUAAUAGGACAGUGGAUCUCUGUCAAGUUCAAAUCUGACCUCCGACCUUUACUCUACGAGGUCAUCCUGAGCCUCAUGCAGGAUCCUGAUUUGGUGGUGCGGAUUGAGACAGCUACAACCCUGAAGCUCACUGUUGAUGACUUCGAGUUCCGGACAGAGCAGUUCCUCCCAUACCUAGAGUCGAUCUUCGGGCUGCUCUUCCAGCUAUUGCAGCAGGUGACAGAGUGCGACACUAAAAUGCAGGUGCUCCAUGUCAUCUCCUGUGUCAUCGAGAGAGUGAACAUCCAGAUUCGGCCAUAUGUCGGCUGUCUGGUUCAGUACCUGCCCCUGCUCUGGAAGCAGUCUGAAGAACACAACAUGCUUCGAUGUGCCAUACUAACCACACUCAUCCACCUGGUGCAGGGCCUGGGGGCAGAGUGUAAGAACCUCUACCCUUUCCUUCUUCCUGUCAUCCAGCUGAGCACCGACGUUUCCCAGCCGCCACAUGUGUAUUUGCUGGAGGACGGACUGGAGCUUUGGUUGGUGACUUUGGAGAACAGCCCAGCCAUCACCCCGGAGCUGCUCAGAAUUUUCCAGAACAUGUCAGCUUUGCUGGAGCUGAGCUCCGAGAACCUGCGCACCUGCUUUCAGAUCGUUAAUGCCUACUUAUAUUUGUCUGCCACAGACUUCCUGCAGAACUAUGCAGAAUCAUUGUGUCGAGCCUUCUGCGAUCUGCUCAAAGACAUCACGAAUGAGGGACAGGUCCAAGUGUUCAAGGUGGUAGAGAUAGCUUUAAAGGUUAGCCCCAUACUGGGAGCCCAGAUGUUCCAGCCCUUGCUGCCAGCUGUCUUCAGAGGUAUUGUGGACGGAGAGCGAUAUCCUGUGGUGAUGUCCACCUACCUAGGGAUCAUGGGCCGUGUCCUGCUCCAGAACUCCAGUUUCUUCUCCUCUCUGCUGACUCAAAUGGCCUCUGAGUGCAGCCAGAAGAUGGACCAGUUGUUGGGCAAUGUGAUAGAGAUGUGGGUCGACCGCAUGGACAACAUCACUCAGCCAGAGAGAAGGAAGCUGUCAUCGCUGGCUCUGCUUUCACUCCUACCAUCUGACAACAGUGUGAUCCAGGACAAGUUCUGUGGCAUCAUUAACAUCUCCGUUGAGGCGCUGCAUGAUGUAAUGACUGAAGAUCCAGAAACAGGCACCUUCAAAGACUGCAUGCUGAUGAGCCAUUUUGAGGAGCCGAAGCUGAGUGAUGAUGAGGAGCCGCCAACCGAGCAGGACAAGAGGAAGAAACUGCUGGCCCUGGAGGACCCGGUGCACAGCGUUUCUCUCCAGCAGUUUGUCUACGAGAAGCUGAAAGCACAGCAGGCCAUGAUGGGGGACCAGGGCUUCGGAGUCCUGAUGGAGACAGUCGACACAGAGCUCGUCAGGCAGCUCCAGGAGUUCCUCCAAGGCCUCUAAAUCACGUCUACAAUCCUUUACUACCUUACACAAACAUCUUUGCCUAAUGCUACCCUCUCCCCCCAUUUUUGAAGAUGUACCGGAAAGGCUAAUACUCUGCCCAACGUGUGGACUCCUAAUGCAACCCUUCCCAACCUCUGCCCAUGCUAUGCCUUAUCUAUAUUCAGACCUAGCCUUGUCGACUGUCCUCAGCUAACACCCCUUGUCCCUUUCUCUGUUAACCUGGAUUCCUUUACAUCCUUUUUUUAUUAUCAAGAUGGGGUCUAUGUGGGUACGUGAAAAUGUCAGAGUACCUUCACACCCACAUAAAAACAUCACCACACCAGAGCUUCCACUCAGUUCUUCUAGUUUCUUCUCUUUCUGUGGUUUUAAGGUGGAAUGGGUAGAAAGUUGGACAGGUGGUAUAAAAGCCGGGGGGUUUGAGGAGUAAAUAGGAAAACUCACCUGCAGGUGCCAGAGCAGGAGCCUCGGACUAUUUUCUAUGGAGAAACGUACAGAUUGUAGCAGAUAUGUGGAUAAACCGUACCUAAAGGACCUAAAGCAGUGUUUACAGAAUCUAUUCUUAAAAAGAGAAAAAAAAUGAAAUGUAAUUUUGUAUGUAUGUAAAGUAUGGAUGAUAUUCUGCAUGAUAUUUUACAUUUUAGUUUGUUUUUACUUUGUGUUAAUUUCUCUUCCAUUUUUUUUUUUAAAAAAAAAGAAUAAUUUUGUCAUAACCAGAGGUCGAAUUGAAGUAACUACUGAGAGAACUAGAGAGUGUUUUUGUUUUCUUUUUGAGUUGGGUUCGAGGGAAUUUUUGUUUUGACUGUAAAAUGGGUGAUUUUUAAAUGAUUGAUUUGUAAGAGUGCUGAACCACGUUUAUAUGUAUAUACAUACUGCUGCUAAUUGAUGGUGUGUCAGAGCACUUUAAUAACCAAAAACUGUUUCACCUGUUUUCAUCUUUUUUUCUCAAUGGUACAUGUUCACACAUCAUUGUACUUUAACACAGCGGUAGGGGGCCGUGGAGCAGCGCGGCAGGAUUGUUCACUUUAGACUUCAUCUUGAACUGUUGCCAUAUUUCAUGUCUCAGUGCUAACGUGUACAAAAUACUGACUGACUGCAAAUGUAACAUGCCAUUAAGGUUGUGUCUUUAGUAUUUCAUUUGAUCAAUUCUGACCUAAGUGGCUGUCGAAGAAGUCCAAUCGUGAGCCACUGUGAUGCAUUGUGUUGCGUUUAGCUGUCCUGCUGCCCUGCCGGUUUUUCUGAUUCGACCAGUCAUUGGUGACUUUAAAGUGGUAGACAUGAAGCUUUGAUAUUUGAUUUGACAGAAGAACCAGCAGGUUUUCUCAGAACAAUUGAUUAUUUGGACGUUUGGCAAACCUAUAAAGAAAAGUAAUAAAUGACUGAAUAUCGGCACCGAAGUUUUUUAAUAGCUAAAUGAAGACAUUUCUACGAGUGGCAUGUGGACCUGUUUCACACAGGAUCCAAAAAAAAAAAAUCUCUAUUGUUUGUCGUAAUUUGAAACGUGAUUUACUUUGGGUCACUCUGCCUUUGUAAUCUUUUCUUCUGGAACUGAAUAUGGUUUUAUUUGCGCUCAUGAGGUUGGUAAGCCUCCCUGGGAAGGAGAUAAUCCUGACACUAGCUCCUUUGACACUGUGAUAGAGUUGAGUAGCAGUCAGAAUUACGGCCUUAUGCUUUCAGCCUUACCUAUCCUUGAAACUCAACAGACCUUUCUUACUAUUAUGUUCAUUUCUUAACUAGUUAAACAGUAGAGGAUUUCUGUACUUGUAUUUGGUUAUUGACCGCGAUUAUGAAGUUUAGAGCGUAACACGAAGUACAGUAGAGAGAUGUUUUUGGGUUAUAGAUUUGGUUAUGCUUUGUUGGGAAAUAAUCCUUGUUGCUUUUUCCAAAGCAUUCAAUAAAAUGCAGUAAUCAGCCAAAAA